AUGCCGCCGACCUCGUCUGUCAGAAAGGCCUCGGUAGCCACCACCGAUACAAACACUGGCCGUCGCCAAUCCGCACGUCAGCCGCGAACAACGACCUCGAGACCGAUCAACUACUAUGCCCGCUCCUUCGGCCAGCUCGACAACCAUGACCACCAAGAUCCUGACCCGCCAGGCUUCUUUCCCGCCGUCCAGUACUUUGCCGAUUCGAUCGCUGCUCUUCCACGUGAAGUCCAACGCCAUAUCACCCUGAUGAAAGAGGUCGAAGCAAAGGUUUACGGUCCCACAGAAGCUCUGAAGUUUCUCACAUCCAGCAUCCUGAACAAGCCCGCUCCUCUAUCUCGCAACCAACCCUCCUCUCCUCGUCUGCUAUCCUUUACGGCCCCUCCUAGCGCGACAGCCAGUCUGGCUGGCUCCGUCAUCAACGGCAAUCAGCCCACCACUUUUGACCAACGCGUUCAAGACGAUCUCGAGUCGCAACAAGACGAACAAGCCGACCACGCAAGGCGAUCCGAGUUCCAAUCCCUCCGCCAUGUCAUCGGCAACAUGAUCACCAACCUCGACGAGAAAAACGUCGUCAUGGCAGAAGCCAACCGCGCACUCGCCCAACAGCUCGCUCGUCUCGACAGCGUCAUGCCCCACAUCGAAAACGAGAUCAGCGAAGAGUCGCGUCUGGGUAGUUUGACACACUGGGCCUACCAAGACAAUCGCGCCAAGAAACAGACCACAACCUCACAGAACGAGCGCAACAGAAGAGACGUCGCUGCCACAAGCAGUCUCGCCGCUGCAGCAGCAGCAGUUCACGACCAAGACAUUGCUGCAGCAAGGGGAGAAGCUAGACGCGAAACCAAGAAGACAAAUCGAGCCCAAGCCAUCGACUCCGACUUUGACGACCGUCCGACGACGAAAAGAGGGCAGACUGCAAAGUCGCGGAAGAACGCCGACGUGGAACCAAAAGCGAGCGGGCUGGGGAUUGCCAAUGGCACAGCUGGCGUCACCACAACAAAGAGACGAAAGGUUGAGAAGGCUCCUGCUGUCGCUGGUGCACCGGCCAUGGAGCGUUCGGCGAGCAACAUGAGCACCGUGGCCAAGGCCGCCAGAGGUGCUGGCAACACAACUCCAAGAUCGACCCCGGCAGUAGAGGCGACGAAAAAGAAGGGCAAGCCAGGUCCCGCUCCUGGUACUGGGGCUGGAAAAAGAGCCGAAACCAUAUCCAGACCUACCUCGUCUCGCAUGCGCCAAAACUCGAACUCGACGUCGAAUUUACAGCACUCGCUGCUUCCGGAGAAGGAAGUCAGUCGUCCAGCAUCGGUGGCCGAUAACAAAUCGGUCAAUGGCAGUACGAACGGGCUUGCCGAGUCGAUAUUACCCUCGAUCACAACAAGCAAAGAGGCGCAUGAGAGUAUAGAAGAGGUGGAAGAAGACAAGAUGAAGAUUGAUCAGGCCGAGAGCGCUGUACAGAAACGCAGACCCGAGCCUUUGGAGAAUGAAGACGUGACUAUGGAGGACACCAGUCUGGAUGUCCGGCCGAGACGCGGAUCGAUAACGUCAACACCACGCACAGAGGCAUUCCCCGAGGUUGGCAUGUCGCGGACUAGAGGUAGGCUUCUCCACAACGGACACUCUCGUGGCAGCAACACGCCAGACCACUCGAGAUCGACACACGACAGGAAAAGCCGAGGAAGACGCAAGAGUGGCAGUGGGGCUCACAUCCUCAAACAAAUUGCUAGCUUCAACCGCAGCCCAGAUGCGGGCAGGCGUCGCGACGACAGCAGGGACUCGGAGAUGUCCGAGGACGAUGGACACGGAAGAUCGAUCCGACGGAGCCAACCUCCACGGGUUACAACUAUAUCUCGGAACCGACGCGAUGGUGGAAACGGAUCUAGAGGAACGACAGCAUCUCGACGAACCGAAGUGUCGGCUGAAGUAGAAGACGAGGCAGCCGAAGUCGAGGUCGAAGUUGAAGCCGAGGAGGCGGGCGUGGCAGACGAAGAGGAAGUGGAUGAAGCAGAGGAUCCUGAUGAGCCCAAGUACUGCUACUGUGGACAGGGAAGCUUCGGCGAGAUGAUUGCAUGUGACAACGAUGACUGCCCGAUGGAAUGGUUCCACCUUGGAUGCACAGGACUGCGAGCAGUACCGGGAGAUAACGUCAAAUGGUUCUGCGAUGUGUGCAAGGAGCCCAAGGGCAAAAAGGCCAAGAUGAUGGCCAACAGACAUUGA